GUGAAUGCAACCUUCUACUUACAAAACUUAUUAUUUAAUGUUGACGAUAUUAACUUAAUGAACAAUAAUUAUUAGAUUGUGUUUUAAAGAUUUAAAAGGAUGACUGCUUUAUUGAAGAAAAGAGCUUUAGCUGAGUACACUCAGGUUUUGGACCCAGUGCCCAAACCAAUCAAGAAGUUAAGGCUCGUCAAGAAGCAGACACAAGCGUCAGCAUCUCUUUACGUUGGCCUUUUGGAAAACAGCAAAACCAGCAAUGACGCUCUCCAGCUUCUUUUUAGGAUAUCGGACUCACUCCAAUUCAAAAAAGAGGAUCUAUUAGGGAUUAUAAAAAAAUUGGCAAAACAUUUCAGACAGCAGAAUGAAUCAGCUGUUCGCGUCAAGAUUCUAUCUCUGUACGCUAAUAUCGGCAGUUUGAAGAAUGACGUCGAAGGAACAAUUAUUGAUCAGAUAAUGAAGUUAAUUGAAAAAGAGACAUCACAUAAAGUUGUCGCUCAAGGGUUAACUACCAUUUUGGAACUGUACAAUAGCAUGGAUAUAAGUGUAGCGUCGUACGAGUCUUUACAAAAAAACAUAUACAAUCUUGCAAAAUCGUUUCUCAAGGACACAAAUCACUGGGUCAAACAGAUAUGUUUUCAAAUAAUCGGAACCAUCAACUUGGAAGGUACAGUACCAUUUAUCGCCAAUUAUAUACAUAGCCAAGACGCUAGGGUUCGAUGUGCCGCAAUGGAAACAUUGGUUAAAGUGCAAGAAAAAGAGGUUAAAACUGAACAAAUUCCUGUUUCAUUAUAUCCCGAUAUAUGUCAGGCGUUGAACGAUGAUUAUGAGAUCGUACGAGCUGCUGCUCUCAAAAUUGUCUGCAUAAUUGGAAUCACUUAUUCAGAAAAUUUAGUGAAGGUGAACAAGCUCAAUGAGGAAAUCAGGCUGAUAGACGACACAUUUAGUAAAGUUUGUCACGCCGUUAACGAUUUGAGCAUGAACGUGAGGCUUCAAGCGAUGCAGCUUCUCGGUUCGAUGACGAAAGUAUCGCCGACUUUUCUCAAUCAGACUCUCGACAAGAAGUUGAUGAGCAACAUGAGGAAAAAGAAAUCUCUUCAUGAAAGAUCUAAUGAAAUGGUGACAAGCGGCGAGUGGUCUUCUGGUAAAAAAUGGGCAGAUGAUGCUCCUAAAGAGCUUUUGCACAAAGAUGAAGUUAAUGUCGUAUCGAGCGGUUCUUGUGGUGCUUUCGUACAUGGUCUUGAAGAUGAAUUCAUGGAGGUGAGAACAGCUUCAGUCCGUGCACUGUGCAACUUGGCUCUUGACCAUCCGGACUUUGCGCUUGUAUCCCUCGAUUUCCUUGUCGACAUGUUUAACGAUGAGAUCGAAGCAGUCAGAAUCGAGGCGAUAGACAGUCUUACGAGGAUGUCACGUCACAUUGUUCUGCGUGAACACCAGUUAGAAACGAUACUCGGCGCCCUUGAGGAUUAUUCUAUCGACGUGAGAGAAGGCUUGCACAGGAUGCUGGCUGCCUGUUUCUUAUCUACUAAGUCCUGUCUCGAAAUGUGUGUCGAGCACCUGCUUGAAAAUCUGAAAAAAUAUCCUCAGGAUAAGCAGUCGACAUGGCAAUGUGUCAAGGAAAUAGGAAGCAAGCAUUCAGAUUUAACUUUGUUACUUGUACCUCAGCUGUUGGCAAUUCAUCCUUUCUUUGACACUCCUGAGCCUGACGUCGAAGACCCACAUUAUAUAACACUGCUCAUUUUGGUUUUCAAUGCUGCUCAGCAUUGCCCAACAAUGUUGCAGUUGUUCGAAGAGCAUACCAUCAAGCAUUACAGUUAUCUUCGAGUGACGCUUCCGUCCCUUGUACCACAUCUGAAGUUGCCCGGCGCCGCUGAAUUUGUCGAACCCGAGAUGUCAAACGCAGGAGCUGAACUGCUUUGGCGUCUAGUCGAUUCGUUGUCCACCGGGGCUCGGGUACAGAGCGAAGUCAUACAAAGAUCCCUGCCACAGCUGGCGAGGUUAGCGGAAAUCGACUCGCAGAUCGCAGGACCGGCCGAGUUCAUCACUUUGUUCAUAUCCUGCCAGGUGAGCCUCGGGAAAAUCCUGAACGACAAGCUUUGGUGCUGUAACGCACCCAACACCGUACAAGGCAGUGCGGUAAAGAACAACAUCACUCAACUUUUGCACCUUUGCUUAAGGUUACAGUAUCUGUUUGUUGGCCUCGAAAAGAUCGAACUUGCUGCGGUGAAACAGUUCCAACUGAAAGCUCUUGCUCUUCAUUUGGUGUAUGUCGUCAAAGCGACCAAUCUUUCUGCGCUUGCACUAUGCGAGCAUUUCCUCAUCAAAGUCGAACGCACGCAAAGGUAUCUUUUGAAAAACAAUGUUCAACCGGAUGAAUUUUGCAAAGGGGUCUUUCUUGCCAUGUCCAGCCUGGAUGACACAAAGCCUGGAGCUGUUGCCAGGUGCCUUCUACCGCUUUUGGACAUCGCUAAUAAAAUUCAACCCCCUAAACCCAACAUAGGGGUAAGGAUGUGUAAAGCAGUGCUCACAGGGUCUUCAAGCUCUCCGGACAACCCGAUCAAAUUCACAGCCGGGCUUGUCAUGGCGACGCCCAUAGACGCGGAAAUCACCGGGCUCCAGGACCCGACAUCCCUCAGGAUCAAGAUCCACUACCCCGACCACCAGACGCACGUGUGUGUCCCGACUAAUGACCACCUCAGGCCGACCGGAGGGUUUGGCAACUACAGGCUGCUGACGAAGGCCCUCGUCUCACACGGUGUCUGGUCCGAAGCCUGCUACGUCGAGAUAUCCUUGUGCAUUGAACUGUCGGAGAACGAGUUUGCUCACAGAUCGCAAUACAGCCUGGAUCCCUACCUGGAAUUGUGCAAACCUCUCAAACUCUACGUUCUUCCUAAACCAGUUAAAAGAGGAACAUAGAAACUCAAUUUUGAAUUCAACAACUAUAAAAAAAUAAUUUUCUUGUCUGUAAAUAUUGUCAUUUUUAACUAAUAAAAACAAUUUGCCUUUUU